AAGACCGGCGCCCGGCAAAAAUGGUCUCAGUUUUAAUCGCGACAGCAGGGAAAAGUGCCAGUGCUAGGAUUUUGGUACCAAGAACACAGAGGACUAAACGCACUUUGCCAAGAUGAACAAGUUGAUGUGUCUGGCCGUGGUCUGUGCGGCGAUGAGCGUCGCGGCGGCCGCUUCCCUGAAGCCGAGAGACGAGGCCGCUGAGUUGCUGCUCGAGACGUCCCAACUGGACGCCGCCCUGCAGAAGGACAACAACGAGCACGCCAAGAGGAGUUUCGGCUCCAGCUACAGCCCUGCCUACGCCUACGAAGAGCCUCACGUGCCUGACCACUAUCCCGCUUCCCACGGUGCUGACCUGUGGGGUUUCAAGAGGGCCAUCAUCAACGCGAUCUUCACCGCCGCCCGCGCCGUCGCCGGUGGAUCCAUCGCCGUCAAGGGUCAGGUCAUCAAGGGCGCCGGAAACUUGGUCGCCGCCCAGGGCAAGCUGAUCGCCAGCGGUGGACAGACCGUGGCCGACUUCGGACGUGGCGUCGCCUCCAAGGCACUCUACUCCGCCCCUAAACUCUCGUACGCACCCUCUGUGGCCUACGCCGCCCCCGUCGCGACCUACGGCGCCCCCAACGCCUACGUCUCCUCCGGACCUUCCUAUUACGCCGCCGCCCCCGCUCACAAUGGCGGCGUCCUGAACUCCCUGUACAAGGCCAAGCUGGCCAAGGUCAACGUUGCGACCUCCGUGGCCAGCGCCGCCGGAAACGCCGUCGCCGGCGCCGCCGGCGCCGUCGCUGGAGCCGUCGGACACGCUGCGCACGGCGCCGCCAGACUGGCCGUCGGUGCCGCUGCUGGCGCCGCCAACAUCGCUGCCGGCGCCGCUCACGGCGCCGCCAACCUGGCCGUCGGCGCCGCCGACGCCGUCAGCAACCACGUGGCCCACAAAUUGCACACCGUCAGUCCCGCCCCCGCCUACGUUUCCACCCCUGCCGUCGCCUACAAGCCCUAUGCUGUCCCGACCUACGGCGGUUCCCUGGAGGACAGUUUCGGCCAGUUCGACGACAGCUACAGGCAGCACGAGCCUGUCCAGGUCAAUAUCCAGCCCUCCCUCAGCUACGACCUCUACCACUAAAGCGGCAUCAUCUCGCAAUCGCGGCGUCUCGGGGGAGCGAAAGAAGAGGACCAGCUUCAGCAGUACAAGAAAAAAAAGUGAAAUUCGAAAUCGAUUAACCGAGGCGCCCUGCCAAAACAUGAUGUUCCCAGUGGCCAAUAAUUGUAGUCUUGCGCAAUUCAUUAUGCUAAAUCAUUCAACCAUUUUCGCGAUUUGUAAUUAAACACAACCAUUGUCACUCACACAUCUUUUUUAUAUACGCACAAGUUGAACCUCUGUAUUAUAUGUUAAGCUUUUAUCGCAAACGCACUUAUUUAUUAAAAAAAAGUAUCAUUUUAGGUGAAGAGUUCUAAAAAAAAUAUAUAUCUUUGAUGGACCAAAAUAGAACUGUGUUACAGGAGUUUUUUUAAAUAAACAAUUUAUAAUAUUUUACAUGGUAA